UGUAGUAAGAUACCAAGUAAGACACCAAGGGAACAAACAAGCUAUGGACCUGUCACGUUUCACCUCGAAAUGUCUACCUCAAAAUUCUGCUCAAGCUGCUGGGCCAAGUUCAAUGGUGGCUACUUCCAGCAUGCACUUUGUACCAAUGAAUCAUCAGAAUGUGCAACCACGUGCUCAGAACACAGAGAUACUUCCCCAAAUCUACAACCAGGCAAACUUUGUACCAGAGGUGACGCUGCCCAAUGGCAUGAACAUGCGUCCUGUUGGAUUACUGAACGGAGAGUUGUUGUACAAAGUUACAGCUCCCAACUACACUGCCCCUCUUCCACCCACCAUCCCCAGGAUUAAGAAGAAAAACCGAAAAGUGGACGAAACGUAUGUCAAGAAACCACCGAAUGCAUUUAUGUUGUUCAUGAAGGAGCAUCGGCAAGCGGUGAAGCACCAUUCUCACUUACGAAACAGUGCAGAUAUUAACAAAAUCCUUGGGAGAAUGUGGCAUUUGCUAUCCAAGGAGGAGAAAGCAAAAUAUUAUGACCUCGCCGACAAAGUGAAGCGAAUGCACUCCCAGCAACACCCAGACUGGUCUUGGAGACACAAUUACGGCAAAAAAGAGGACUUUAAACAUACAAGGGACACGGAAGCUAACAGUUUGCAGGCUGUGCUGGUGCCCGAACUCGAAGAAAGCGGACAAGUCGAGAGCGACUCAGAGGACGACCCUGACUCCUUGUCCCUGAGUUCAACAGCGGUCCAACUGUCCCUGGAACAGCACAUUUCCCAAAUAUACCUCAAAGAGACGCCAGGCCUCAACGGGAGGACAAGUCACCCGUCACCAAGAUCACCCAGACAGUCGUCACAGUCCCGUCCGGACUGCUGACUUCUUGUUGGACUUUAAUCUCCUCGUUCUGUCUUGAACUAACCUUGGCAAUUUGGGACAUUUUUGUCACUUUAAAUUAUACACACACACACGCCUGUGUUUUAACACUGG